AUGAUGCAUCACAGUACCGACUGCAAUACCACAUACGUUGUGAAAUUGAUGACCGUUGUGCUGUGCCCAAUCAUUUCGCUCUUCACAGGCGGCCAGGACCAAAUGAGUCUCGACUGGAAUCUUGUCGUGAUACCUUGUUUUGGAUCAUUAGGAAGCCGAUCUCACUAUAGCAAAAGGCCCUUCGUCGAAAGCGAAUCGUUUCGGUACGCCCAGCACACUGCAGGACCUGGCCUGCUCAAGCAACAACGCCAUGAGGGUAACCACGGGGCCACCACCAAAUGUGGCCCCGGCAAGCCGAGCACUCCACAACUAGACAUGCAAGUACCAGCCAGCGCAUUUCUGGCAAUCUGCAAAACUUAG